GCCGGCUCAUUGGGAGCUGUCACCGUGGACCGCGGCAGCGGCGGCGGCGGCAGCGGUAGCUGUGGCGGCGGCACAGCGCCGGUAGUGGAGCCGCCGAGGAGGGUCACGCAGCACAAUGCCAGCUCUGCCCUUGGACCAACUCCAGAUCACCCACACGGACCUGAAGACAGGAAAACUGAGGACUUCACCAGCGCUGCACCCCGAGCAGAAGGCAGACCGGUAUUUUGUGUUAUACAAACCGCCCCCUAAAGACAACAUUCCCGCCCUAGUGGAGGAGUACCUGGAACGCGCCACCUUCGUAGCCAAUGACCUCGACUGGCUCCUGGCCUUGCCUCACGAUAAAUUCUGGUGCCAGGUUAUCUUCGAUGAAACCCUGCAGAAGUGCCUGGACUCCUAUCUGCGCUAUGUACCCCGAAAGUUCGAUGAGUGGGUGGCCCCGGCCCCUGAGGUUGUUGACAUGCAGAAGCGCCUCCAUCGAAGUGUUUUCCUCACUUUCCUCCGCAUGUCCACUCACAAGGAAUCCAAAGAUCACUUCAUUUCCCCCUCUGCGUUUGGAGAAAUCCUCUACAAUAACUUCCUGUUUGACAUCCCAAAGAUCCUGGACCUCUGCGUGCUCUUUGGAAAAGGCAACUCGCCUUUGCUCCAGAAGAUGAUAGGAAACAUCUUUACCCAGCAGCCAAGUUACUAUAAUGACCUGGAUGAAACCAUGCCCACCAUCCUUCAGGUUUUCAGCAAUAUCCUCCAGCACUGUGGUUUGCAAGGGGACGGGGCCAGUGCCACACCCCAGAAACUCGAGGAGAGGGGCCGGUUGACCCCCAGCGACAUGCCUCUCUUGGAAUUAAAAGACAUUGUUCUCUACCUUUGUGAUGCCUGCACUACGCUCUGGGCCUUUCUGGAUAUCUUCCCCUUGGCUUGCCAAACUUUCCAGAAACACGACUUCUGUUACAGACUAGCUUCCUUUUAUGAAAUCGCAAUUCCUGAACUGGAGUCUGCAAUGAAGAAGAGGAGGCUUGAAGAUAGCAAGCUGCUAGGUGACCUGUGGCAGAGGCUGUCUCAUUCCAGGAAGAAGCUACUGGAGAUUUUUCACAUCCUCAUAAACCAGAUCUGCCUUCUCCCUGUCCUGGAAAGCAGCUGUGACAACAUUCAGGGCUUCAUUGAAGAGUUCCUUCAGAUCUUCAGCUCCUUACUGCAGGAGAAGAGGUUCCUCCGGGACUACGACACACUCUUCCCUGUGGCUGAUGAUGUCAGCUUGCUACAGCAGGCCUCCGCAGUCUUGGACGAGACACGGACUGCCUACAUCCUCCAGGCGGUCGAGAGUGCGUGGGAAGGGGUGGACCGACGGAAAGCCACAGAUGCUAAAGACCCACCGGUGGCCGAGGAUCCUAAUGGGGUCAUUGUGUUGGCGGAGCCAGUCGGUGGACCAUCCUCACAUCCAGAAAACUCAGAGGAAGAGGAGCUCUCUCCGCAGUGCAUGGGGGCGGCGGCCACCCUGGGCCCCCCCGUGUGUGGCGUGGAGCUGGACUCGCUCAUCUCCCAAGUGAAGGACCUGCUGCCAGACCUCGGAGAGGGCUUCAUCCUGGCCUGCCUGGAGCACUACACCUAUAACCCGGAGCAGGUGAUCAACAACAUCCUGGAGGAGCGGCUGGCCCCGGCCCUCAGCCAGCUGGACCGCAGCCUAGACAGGCAGGUGAAGCCAGACCCGACACCCCUGCUGACGUCUCGUCACAAUGUCUUCCAGAAUGAUGAGUUUGAUGUGUUUAGCAGAGAUUCAGUGGACCUGAGCCGGGUGCACAAGGGCAGGAGGAAGGAGGAGAACACACGGAGCCUGCUGAACGACAAGCGGGACGUGGUCGUGCAGCGGCAGCGCUAUGAGCAGUACCGCGUGGUGGUGGAGGAGGUGCCCCUGCAGCCUGGCGAGGGCCUGUCCUACCGAGGUGACGACUACGAGGACGAGUACGAUGACACAUACGAUGGCAACCAGGUGGGCGCCAACGAUGCCGACUCGGAUGACGAGCUCAUCAGCCGCAGGCCCUUCACCAUCCCUCAGGUGCUGAGAACCAAAGUGCCUGGAGAAGGGCAGGAAGAGGACGAGGAGGAGGAAGAGGAGGCUGAAGAAGAGGCUCCUAAGCCUGACCAUUUUGUGCAGGACCCUGCAGUGCUGCGGGAGAAGGCAGAAGCCAGGCGGAUGGCCUUCCUCACCAGGAAGGGGUACCGGCACGACAGCUCGACGGUAGUGGCCGGCAGCCCCCGGGGCCACGGGCAGAGCCGUGAGACAACCCAGGAACGCAGGAAGAAGGAAGCCAACAAGGCAACGCGAGCCAACCACAACCGGAGAACCAUGGCUGACCGCAAAAGAAGCAAAGGCAUGAUUCCAUCCUGAGGCCGCCCUGUCAGGGCCAGCCGGGAGGCAGCAGCACCAGACCUGCCAGGCUGAGUUACCAUAGCCUUGGGUCUCCUCACCAGUUGGCCUCCUGCCAGGGCCCCAAGUUCAACUCCACCCCUCAACAGCCUCAGCUUCGCAGCCCCUGAGAAGGCCGCCUCGUCGUCCACCAGCCAGCCGUGAGCGCCUUCUUGCAGAACACACAGUGCCUUAUCCCACAGCGGAGGAACCCCUGGGGCCAGCGAGCAGGCAAAAGGGAUGGGGACGGAGCCCCAAGGCAAGCCCCACAAACCUCAUGCAGCAAGACACCACUUCUCUUGGUGGUUUCCUUCCUGGACGGCAGGAAACCUAUAAAUUCCAAAACAAAAACAGAAAAGGCCUGCAAAUAAAGUUUUUGACCCUUUCAAGCAGUGAUCCAUGAUGUGCCCCUGGCCUGCUCCCCCUGUACCCCAUUCUUCAGUGACAGCCACCAUCGGGAGAGCGAGAGAGCAGGAUGAUCACCUGCUCUGCUCAUCAGCCCUGCGUGCUUGCCUCUCAUUUUAACCCCUCCUGAUGUUGCCCUGCUUUGCUGUGUGGCCCUGAGCACAUUACUCCCUCCUCUGAACCUCUAGUCCCUGCUUGUAGAAGGAAGAGAUGAGGUUGUGAGGCCCUCUGGUCCUUUCCGUGUUCUCGUUCAGUCCCUACAACCUCCACCCUAGGAGGUAGGGAGUAUUUCCGGCCCUGUGGUGUAGGUGAGCCACUGAGAGCUGGAGGUGCCUGCCCAGGCUACAGGCAGGAAGUGGGAGAACAAGGAUUUGACCCUCAGUCGGACCCCUGGCCUUUAUAGCAUCCUAGACGGCGGGGUCAUUGCCAUCUCACAGCGGACCUGAGGACACUUGUCCCGUAGCAGAGCCAGUACCAGAGCUCGGCGCCUGCUGGUUGUGUGUACCCUCCAUCAGAUCCUGCAGAGUCAAGGAGUCGGAGACCAGAAGACACCAGUGAGGAUGUCCCUACCAAGCCCCGUUGAAGGACUUGGGUCCAGUUCCUCAAAACCUCCUCCUGGGCAUGGCCGGUUGGUUCACCAUGUGGCAGCAGCUGCCAGGCAGCCUGAUUCCUGGGCCCCUGAGAAUGUUGCUGAUCAACAGAGGAUCGGCCGCGGGGUGUUUGCUGGCCUGAUCCUGCCCAGCCUGGCCUGGAGGCCAUCCCCGGGAGCCAGGGCCCCUGCCCAGCUGGACCUUGACAAAUCACCCUAGAUGCUUGUGUAAUUUAUUUGCAUGUGGUUAGGAUGAGCGUCUGGAGCAGCGAGGCAGACAGGCCCUUGACGAAUUGGUUUUGUUAGGUCAGCCACACAAGCAAAAAUCAAUAGCAAUUCCUCUGAGUCACGCCAGUUCUCUUGGUGCAUUUGAGAUGCAGAGCAGAUAGGAGAGUGGUGUCUUCUCCUCGAGCUGCUGAAUUAGCUGAGAUCGGGCUCGGGGUUAGCCACUCUGGCAGGCAGCAGGAAGACUCUGCUUCCUCCUCGAGGCAUUUGCCAGGAACCGUACAGGCGAGGGCCAUUUCUUUUCUCUCUCCCUGAGCUCCUCAGACCCAGCUCUUGGCCCUGGAGCAAGGUGAGGUGAGUUAGGGGAGCUCUGGCCUUUACCUACCUUACCUGUUGCUGUUCACACAGCCCCUCUCACCUUCAUUCUGUCAUACAUGCCUCCUGACCGCUGGGAGCAGUGUUCAGGCCUCACCUUGGCAUUCUGGUUUAAAGGAUUGGAGAAGACAGCGAUUUUUCAAACUUUCCAGAAUGUACUGCCAGGUCAAACUUGAUCUCCCUUGAGGAACUAUGUUCUUCCUCAUUUCAGAUCUUGAGGGCACCCCUUCAGGGAUGUUUGCAAACACCUCACUCAGGAGUCAUCCAGAGCAGUGCUUUACCUUCACCUCUCAGGGCCUCAGUUUUCCCAUCUGCAAAGUGGGUACGUUGGGCCAGGUGAAUGGUGUCCACCUGGUGCCAAUCCAAUCCUCCGCGGAGGCCCCAAGGUUUAAGAUGGGCAAUGGCAGAAAUGUUACAAGUGAAGUGGGUGGGAGCCCUGAACCCUGCUCACUUUGAUCACUGGGCCCUGCCACCCCACCACUGCUCCUAAGCAGGAAUUUCUAAGUGCCUUCUCUGCACCCUAUUAGAGAACACGACUGUCACAGGCAUUUCCCGGGAAGCUUUUAUGACCCAGUACCUCCAAGAGGACUUAGGACUUUGAAUGUCAUUGUUUCUAGCUCACGAGUGGCAAAGGUAGCAGACGGGUCUGUCUGAACAGUGCUACUGUGCCUCUGUGAGGUGGGGAGGGCAGGGCAGAGCCUGUCACGGAUAAAAAGGGACCCGGGAGCCCAGGGAGGCAAGUUAGCAGCAGAGCCUGGACGCAGGUCCUUUCUUAGCUCCAGGUGCACUCUGGAAAAGUAAGCAAUUAGCAGGAAACUGCCUGUCCCUGUCACACCGGGAGCUUGGGCUAAAUAAUGCAGGGAGGGAGACCAACAAAACCACAAACAAAAGUCAGCCCACCAAAAAUGCAGGGGGUGGUUGUGGAGCCCCCUUCUUUAAAAUGACGUCAAUGAACACUUGGUAGGAAUGUGAGAAACAAAAUAUUGAAGAAUCAGUUUGUUGUUCUUGUUGUUUUUUUAAGAGAAUAAAUUGGAUGGUAAUGCUCCAUGAUUGUGAAAAUAUUUUUGAAAAAUUUGCGUACAGACCAAGUCUGGAAAGGAAUGUACAUAAACGAAAACGACAGUAAGACCGUGAUAUUUGUAAUGAGAAUUAAAGGCGCUUACCAAGUA